GAACAAGGUAGAAAGAAAAGCCAAAUAAUUAGCUGUCAGAUUUUUCUACAUUGGCAUACGUGUCGGACUACAAACGAAUUUAGAAAAUAGCAAAUUUUAAGCAUAUUUUACUAGGAAAUUUGUUUUAAAAUAAGUGUCCAUCAUGGUUAAAACCUUAAUCGCCGCAGUGGUACUACUUUGUGCGCUGCAAACUACGUUCGGAUUGUACUUCCACAUUGCCGAAACGGAACGUAAAUGCUUCAUUGAGGAGGUACCUGAUGAGACCACCGUCAUUGUAAAUUACAAAGUUGAAUUGUACGAUCCUCGUUCUAAUGGUUUUAUGCCUUCAUCGCCUGGCAUAGGCAUGCAUGUUGAAGUGCGAGACAGCGAUGAUAAAGUCAUACUCUCACGCGUGUAUAGUUCGGAGGGCCGCAUCUCCUUUACUUCACAUAUACCCGGCGAACACGUAAUCUGCAUGUAUUCCAAUAGCACAGCUUGGUUUAGUGGCGCACAACUACGAGUGCAUCUCGACAUUCAGGUGGGAGAGCAUGCCAUCGAUUACGCGAAUGUAGCGCAAAAAGAGAAAUUGACUGAAUUACAAUUGCGCAUACGUCAAUUACUUGAUCAAGUAGAUCAAAUUACUAAGGAGCAGAAUUAUCAACGCUACCGCGAGGAACGUUUCCGUCACACAAGUGAAAGUACCAAUGCGCGCGUUUUGUGGUGGUCGUUAGCGCAAACUUGUGUUUUGAUCACUAUGGGUUUCUGGCAGAUGAGACACUUAAAGAGCUUCUUUGAAGCAAAGAAGCUAGUGUAAAUGUGCACGCUGAAAAUUUGCAUACGGCAAAGGAUAGAUUACGCCUUUUAUCUGUGGGGUAUGAAAAACGGAUUAUGGAUAUAAGAGCAAUUCUUCCGUGUGCCUACGAAAAAUCUAACGAGAGUCCACUUCAACCAAAUUCAUCAAUCUCAUUGUCUCACAAUUUCAAAUGCUUACUAAUUCGACUCUAAUAUCAAUACAGUUGCUAGGCGUUACAUUAAAAUAACAUUACAUUAUUAAAUAGUAAAUUUGUUCCGAAUAGCUACAAAACUACAUAAAAUUGUAUAUAAGAAAUCUACCUUCUUCUGUUUUAUGAUCUGUAGUUAUAAACCAAAAAAUAAAUAAAACUUAAUUUGUUGUAA